UUCCUUAAAAACUUCCCAUCACUAAGCCUAUCUUCAUCCUAUCAUUAAGCAUUUGUAUCUUUUAUGAAUUCUAACUCUUAAGCAACACCAGUAAUUAAGUUUGCCAAUCCAUAAGUUAUGGAGUUAUCAUGUACUUUGGAUUUGAGCAUUUGAAGAACUUUAGGUAGUGUUUAAUUCACACCAUGGAGAAGUAGCAGGGAGAAGGGAGGAAGCUUCUUGACAAUGCAAAAUAUUAUUCAAAUGAAGGGAAGAGCAGAUGUAGCUUAGCUUCUGGACUAUCUGAUUAUGGAGAGUUUUAUAAUUUGGAAGCUUUGGCAUAUUUGUUGUGAACUUGGCCUCUAUUCAGAUAUUCAAUUUCUGUCCAUAAUUUGAAAUAUUUGCCUUCUCCUAGGGCCAUCCAAUGCCAGGAGGUACUGACUGAUUCAAAAUUCAUCACAUUCCAAUAUCCAAAUAGACGGAGUGCAUCCAAUUCUAAGAAGAUUGAACUUCUCAAACUUCAAACCAACACCUGAAACCAAAUUUGUCAAUCUAUACAGUAAUCCCUGAAUGUUCCAAUUUUUUUGCAGUGUGAUACAUGAGGAAUACUUUUAGCUUAUGUGAGAAUGAUCCAAUUAUCCAAAGAUCGAUCUAUUGAUUUCACAUAUUUAGAGAUGAUUCCAGAGCUUAGCCUUAAACUCAUUGUCACCCUGUAAAUUGAAGCAGAAGAAGGAAUUAUAUUGUACAUGACUUUAAGUUUUGCAGAACUUAGCCUUAAACUCAGUGUGACUCUGUAAAUUGAAGCAGAAGAUGGAAUAACAUCAUAUAUGACUUCAAGUGCACACGCAUGGAACCAGAAGUAGUAACAGAUUCACACCAUAGAGCAGUAGCAUGAGGAAGAAAAGGAAACCUCUUGACAAAGCAAAAGGUAUUCAAGUAUGCAUUCUAGAUCAUUUUAAAGUUUUAAAAGUGUUAGUUGAGCAUUAUGUCUUUACAUUUGAACAUUUAUAGUCUUUCACAAUUGAGUAGGAUCAUACACUUUAUUUUCUUGAAAAUUAAUUUUGAUAAUGAACCAUACUUGUAGGUGUUAGUAUUCCAUUCCUUAAACAACAUCGUCUUUCAGAAGUAAAUUAAGGAGAAUAGCAGAUGCAGAGUAGCUUAUAAAAUUUGAUGAAGGUUUAUUUGUGUACAAUUAAUUCUGAGCCUACAAUUUGUCCAGACAGCUACAUUUGUGCAGAUUUCAGCUGUCAGUGCAUUGUUUCUUGCUUGAGUAUCACAGCUUCAUUUCCAAUUAUCGAAAACCACAUUCUUUCUAAAAGAGAGUUUAAGGAUGAGCAGACUUGUGCUGGACACUUGCAUGAUAUUUGUUUUGGAUGGUACCAUCUUCACUAGUAGGUAGGUCAACUUAGAAAGCUUAAUUUACAUAUUAGUUUCUAAUAAGCUCAACAGAAAAGUUCAAUUAUUGUAAUGCAAUUUUACGGUUUUACCAGUUACUUUGCAUUGGUAAUGCAGGAGUCUUAACUCAUCUAAUACAACAAGGGAUGAUUAUGUUUCUCUCUGCACUUUGAUUACGCUAUAUAGACUUACAACAUGACAAUGGAAGCUACAUUUCAAUCUCUUUAAAGAUUCCUCAGGUUUAUGAGAAUGCCAGUCACAUUCACUAAUGCUGUCUGCCUCACUCUCACACAUUUUGGUUGUGAUCUUGAUGACAUAGAAUUAUAUGGGCGUUGUGGGCUGCAAUAGGAGGACCAUUAGAAUUUUAUUCUGUAUGUAACCUAGCCACUUACCAUUGUGGGUUGAGUUUUGAUAUAAGAUUUGUUGAACUGGGGAGCUUCAAUAGAAGGUUGAGUGUAAAGAAGAAUUCUCAGAUGCUUGCUUGUUCUUGAUCUUCACAUAGUGAAAUAUUUUCCAAAACUCUUUCAGUGCAUAUGAAAUUGUUUGUUUUUUCUUUGAUUAUCUCUCUUCUCGUAUCUAAUUGCCAUGUCCUGCCACGUCUUAAACACAAUCUGUGAUGCUGGACUCGAUCUUAGAUCAACAACCCGAGUUUUGUCCUCAACAAAAAGACCAGUACGUGUUGGAUGUUUUAGUUAAUGUCCAAUAAGAGAUGCUGCUUGUAAUGCUUUUUGAUGCACAAAGGCUUUCAGGAAUCAUAUUAACUUCUUGCCAAGAAAUAAGCAAAAACAUAAGAACUCAGAAAUGUAAUUAGAAAAAGCAUAGGGCUCGAUCCACUGGCUGUUAUAAGGUUACAUCUUUAAUUUGAAACUCAACCAUUGAAGAAUUCUGG